AUGUCUGAAACAUUUCCUUUGCCUAUUCCCAACGCUGCCAACGACUUGUCUGUCGACCAGGUUCUUGACCAGUUACCUCUUUGCACUAACUCCUCUAACGCCAGAGUGGUCCCCUUAGAGAAUUCAAAAGUCGAUGGUUAUUCCCCAGUCUUCAGAAACUCUUUGGUUGAACAUACCAAAUUGGUUUCGAACUAUCACACUGACAUUAAAACUUUAUUUGACAAUUUCAAUUACGCCUUAAACAAAUUCAAUCAGCCAAACAUUGACAAAAGCAUAUUGGCCUACCGUAAAUCCAUUAACUCCUCUACUCAAGAUUCCGAUUUGGACUCUCAGUCUGAUUCAAAUCCCACCAACACUGAAAAAGAAUUCGAAGACUUUUACUCCUACUUGACUUUCUCUCAGGUUGAUAGCUUGAGAUCCCAAAUUGGUUCUGGUGUUUUAUACCUCAUUAACCAAAUCGAUCCAACCUAUUCACACAACUUUGUCUUAUCAAUCUUCGCUCCAAAUUCUGUUCAAUGGGUUUUAAUCGACUUGGCUUGUCAAGCUUACUCAAUCACAAACACUGCUUUAUACAGUACUCUAGGCAACGAAUCCUCCCAAUACAUUCUCAAAACUACCCAAUCUCCAAUUCUAUUCACAAAAAAGGAUAAAAUAGAUAACAUAAUCAACUUGAAAAAUUCAAAAAAGAUAAGCUCCCUAAGAAUCAUAAUCUCAAUCGACAACCUAGACAAUAAACUAGACUACAAACUAUUCAACUACUGUUUCAAUUCAAACAUCCUACUCUACGAUUUCAAAUCCUUAAUAUCUAUCGGAACCCAAAACCUAAAGCCCUUUAUUCCACCAAACCAAAAUGACAUCUACACCAUCUCCUUCACUUCUGGCACAACCUCACAUCCAAAGGGCGUACAAUUAACUCACUACAACGCUUUGGCCUGUCUAACUUCAAAUGCUACCAUGAUCGCUUAUCCUGACCAUCACCAACCCAAAUCUCUAUUUAUUCUUCCUCUAGCUCACAUCUUUGCAAGAAACUUGGUCGCCUUUGAAUUCCUUAAUGGUUCAAUAAUGUAUUUCCCACACAACCCUUUAAAUCCAAAAUCCUUUCUUGAUGACUUCAAAAUAGUUAAACCAACUCAUUUGGCUUGUGUUCCGAGAGUUUUUACAAAAAUUGAAAUGUCCAUCAAAUCAAAGCUACUAAACUCAAAAUUAUUAUCAAUGGCCCUCACGAAAAAGAUUAACGGUCUAAGACAGAAAAAAUACGACUCCACAAAAAACUCCCAACUCUUCCUCGACCAUUUAAUCUUCAACAAAAUCAAAAAGCAAUUGGGCUUUGAAAACCUUUCCUCAAUCGUCGUAGGUGGCGCUCCAAUUCCCUUUGAUACAAUAGAGUUCUUAUCCGCCAUCUUCAAUAUAGGCGUUCUACAAGGUUAUGGGCUAACCGAAUCUCACUCUGGCUUUUCCCAGUCUUUUAUAAAUGAUUUCAAAACUUUUGGUAGCAACGGUUUAAUCGGUCCAUGUGUUGAAAUGAAGUUUAGAGAUAUUCUGGAUUUAAACUACACCUGGGAUCAAAAUAGAUCCGGCGAAAUCUUAAUUAGAGGCCCAAUUGUCUUUUCUAAAUACUACAAAGAUGACGAGAAAACUUCAGAAGCCUUUGAUAACGAUGGUUGGUUUCAAACAGGUGAUAUUGGUAAACUAACUGACGAUAAUACCCUCUUGAUCAUUGACAGAGUUAAAAGCUUUUUUAAAUUAUCACAAGGUGAAUUUGUUUCAACUGAAAGAAUAGAAAACUUUUACUCAAGCAGAAAUUCAAUUAUUAAUCAAUUGUGGAUUUAUGGCGAUUCUAAAAGAAACUUUCUCGUUUCAAUCAUCGGUUUGGAACUAGACAAUUUCAUUCCCUAUUUGAAAAAUUUAAUUGGUAAUCAAGAAAAGAUUAAAAAUCUUGAUUCCGAUUCCAAAUCUCUCAUCCUACAUUUAUCUUCCCAUUCAAAUACUGAAUCAUUCAAACAAGAUUUCGAUAGCCACUUCAAAAACAAAUUGAACCAAAAUUUAGAAAUCAAAAAAAUCAUUUUAUCCGAUUUAAACGAAAACAUUAAAAAAUUCAACCUACUAAACUUUGAAAAAAUUAAGAAUAUAUACAUUGAUUUUGAACCCUUUUCAGUCGACAAUAAGUGCCUCACUCCAACAUUAAAAAUCGUCAGAAAAAAGGCAAUCACAAACUACACCAAUGUCAUUGAAGCCUUAUACACCGAGGGAGAAUUGUUCACUAAAUCAAAUCUUUAA